GUAGCGGCGCCAGUGGCGGAGGUUGUACCGGUGCCGGUCAAUCGAACGCGUCGUCGUUGUCCUCGUCUUCGUCGUCGUCGUCGUCCUCGUCUUCGUCGUCGUCAUCGUCGUCGUCGUCGUCCUCGUCGGCAUCGUCAGCGUCCGUUUCGUCCUCAUCGUCGUCCUCGUCUUCGUCGGCGAAAUCGAAGCCGAGCCAUUCCGGGAACUCGGGGGGCGGCGGUGGAGGCGGGAACGCGAGUUCCUCCUCGAGCACCGGAUCCAAGAGAGGGUCCAGCGGACAUCGACGGGACAAGGCGAGGGAGAAACACGAGAAGCCGCAGAGCAAUCACGCGAUCAGUCAGCAGAGCAAAUCGGAGAUGAACGGGACAGCUAGGCCCGGGAGCGGCGGAACAGGAGGAGGAGGAGGAGGAGGAGGAGGAGGAGGAGGAGGAGGAGGAGGGAGCAACGGUACGGGAGGAUCUGGUACGGGAGGUCCGAACGGCGGUGGUGGCGGGGGACAAGGUCAGACGUCGAACGGGCCGGGACCGGGUGCAGGGCCGGGGCCGGGGUUAGGUGGCGGCGGUAUCGGGGUCGGAGCCGGAUCCGGGGCUGGGGCGGUGGUGCAAUCUCAGGGACCGGCAGCGGCCGCGACCGCUCCUCAGCAACAAAACCAAGGGCCGCCGCCGAGCUCGCGGACGGGAUUCUCGGUCUCGCAGGGGCCCGGUCCACCGUCGUCCAGCUCCGCCGCGGUACCGUGUCCACCCCCGAGUCCGGCCAGCGCGACCGCCGCUGGCCCGGCUGCCAAACCCGAGCAGACCAAACUCGCCACGGUACCCGGUAUCGGGCCUCCGAUCACAACGACGCCCGACGACGCCAUGGAUACCGCGGCCAGUCCUCCACCUCCGAAGAAACUCAAGACUUCCGCUUCCGAACCAAAGGACAUGUCCGAUGUGUGCGUGGGUACCAGCGUGGGGACCAUCACCGAGCCGGAAUGUUUGGGACCUUGCGAGCCCGGGACCUCGGUCACUUUGGAGGGGAUCGUUUGGCACGAGACCGAAGGAGGUGUGCUGGUGGUGAACGUGACUUGGCGCGGUAAAACAUACGUGGGCACGUUGCUCGAUUGCACGCGCCACGAUUGGGCGCCGCCGAGGUUCUGCGACUCGCCGACCAGCGAUCUCGACGCGCGGACGCCGAAGGGGCGGGGGAAGCGCGGCAGAGCCGCGGCGAACGCCACCCCCGGCAACGACCUGAGCAACUUCACGGAGACGAGGAGCUCGGUGCACAGCAAGCUGCGGAACGGGGGGGCGAAGGGGCGCAGGGGCGCGCAGGGCUCGCCGGCCGCGAGCCCGAGCCCGGCCGCGUUCGUCCCCCCGCGGCCGGACCCCGCGGCGAAACGGAAGUCGCGGGGCCCCGAGGAGGAGGACAAGAACAAGAGGAGGGCCCCGCCGCCCACGCCCCCGAGCGGCUCGCCCCCCGCGAGCCCGGUGCUGCUCGAGUGCCCGGAGCCGAAUUGCAACAAAAAGUACAAACACAUCAACGGGCUCAAGUAUCAUCAGAGUCACGCCCAUGGCUCGGCGGACGAUGACGAUACGAAGGAGGGGAUCACGAGCAUGUCGGAGAACGACGAGAGCAACAUCGAGGCCCCGAGCCCCGCAACGCCUGUCAAGUCGCCGGCCGACAAGCCCGAGGGGACGCCGCUUCGCGCGGCGAGCCCCCCGCCGACCGGCCUACCCCCGGAGACGCCGCCACCCCCGCCUCGCGUCACCUCGCCGAGUAUAGCUGAACCACCCGCGUCUGUACUCGCCGCGGAGACCACCGCCACCAAGAGCGGCGGAGGCAUCGUCAAGCCGGGUGUGCUCAGAUUCGGCCAGGAGUCCGACUUGCCCGCCCCCCCGUCCGCCGCUAUGUCGAGUUCCAACGCGAGACAACAGACGCAGCAGCAGCAACAGCAGCAACAGCAACAGCAGUCGCAGCAACAGUCGAAUCAGUUGACCGGCUCGAACUCGCCCCAGAGCCCGGGACCACGGGCCAGCCAGUCGCCGAGAUCCUCCGUGUCCUCGCCGCAUCCGGCCGCCAACAUUCCGCCUCCGUUGAAUAUUCCACAACCGCCUCAGCCGUCCCAACUGUCGUCCCACCACCAGCAACAAAACUCCAUUCUCCAAGCGAGCCAGCAAGCGCUGCAAACCGGUCAAACCGUCGCCCCGCCACCCCCGCCCCCGCCGCAGCAACAGCUUCAACAAACGGGCCAACAGAUGCAGCAAGCGUCUAUUCAACAACAGCAGCAACAGCAACAGCAAUUGGCGGCCGCCCAUCAAUUGUCCGUACAACACUCGUUAUCCGCGCAAAUCGGCCAACCGUCUCAAGCGCACGUGGUGCAACAAGCCGCCGGAUUGCAGCAGCAGCAGCAGCAGCAGCAGCAACAGCAACAAUCGCAGGCGACCGGACUGCAGAGCAUCGCGAGCCAACAUCCUGCCCUCCAGGGGCUGGCCAAUCAGAUAUCGCAGCAGGCGAGCGGUUUGCAAGCGGCGGGCCUCUCGCAAGCGGGCCACCCCGGCCAGGGUGUGCAAGCGCAUUUGCAACCGUAUCAGAGCGUGUCGUUGCACGCGAAGAUGCCGCAGUUCAAGGUUAAACCGACCGCGGCCCUGAUGCCCGACCAGGACAAGAGCAAGGACCCGCGCGGCGCGUCCAAGGCGCAGGGUUACAAGAAGAAGUCGAGGAAGUCGCCGGGCGGUAGCCCGCACCCCUCGCCGUUGGAGGCGCCGAUCGUCGACGCGGCGCGGGACGACGUGCAGAGCCCGGCCUACUCGGACAUCUCGGACGACGCGGCGCCCGUGCUCGAGGCGGAGGCCGCGGACAAGUCGAAGCAGGGCCAGCAGGACAAGGACGGGAAGGUGAGCGCGGCGAGCGCCCACCUGCCCUCGCACUUCAACAUGUACCCGUACUACGGCCAACCCCCGUACCUGGUCCCGAGCGUGGCCGAGAGCAAGCCGAUCGAUCAGAAGCCGAGCGAGCUGGUCGCGCCGAAGCAGGAGAUGAAACCGCUCAACAUACCGCAGAUGCCAACGCUGGCCAGCCUGCAGAGCGUGGUCGCCGAGAAGGAGAAGAAGGAGUUGAGCCAAUCUGUCCCCCAGCCGCAACAGCAGCCCCACUACUACGGCGGUUACGGGGGAUACAUGCCGCCCGGUUACCCGUAUCAACCGCCGCAACCCGUCUCGCAACAGCAGCAGCAGCAACAACAGCAGCAGCAACAGCAGCAGCAGCAGCAGCAGCAGCAACAGCAGCAGGAGCAGGAGAUGCACGAGCAGAAGGCGAAGAUAAAGCAGGAGCCGCAGUCGCAACAGCCGCAGCAGCAACAGGCUAGCUUGAAGGAGAAACAGCACGAGAAUCAUCAGAUAUUGAAGGAGAGUAUAGAGAUGAAGAGCCAGAUGAGCCCGUACCACGUGUAUCACAGCGGGCAGAGUCAGAGGUCGGCGCCCCCGCCGCCGCCCCCUGGCCCGUUACAGGACGACCGAAGGUAUUACCUUUACCCGGGUGACCAGAGGCGAAAGGAGGAGGUGAGCAAGCAGAGCCAACAGGCGAAGCCGCCGCCCCCUAGUCCGAAGCAUCAGCCGAAACAGGAGAAGCUUCAAGACUUGGGCAAGAACGAGGACGCGAAGAGCAAGCAGGAGGGUGUGAAGCCAACGAUGGAAACGCAGGGACCACCGCCGCCCCCCACCUCGCAGUACGCCUACAUCCAUCCGGGCUACAUGCAGCCCCAACACUACGGCGCGUUGCCGUUCGAUCCCGGCCACCCGGUGUAUCGCGGCCUCAGCCCCAUGCUGGUCCCAGGCCCUUAUUCCGGUAACCCGUAUCUGCACCAAUUGCCUAGGUAUCACGCGCCCGAGGAUCUGAGCAGACCGCCCGCGGGCAAAGCUCUCGACCUGCUCCAGCACCAUGCCAAUCAGUAUUAUUCGGCGCACAAGAUACACGAGCUUCAGGAGCGUGCGCUCAAAUCGCCCACCCCGAAAACGUCCGCGGCCUCGGCCAGCCCGUCGUCCGCGGGACCGACACCGUCGCGCCCUCCGAGCGGGCCGCCCAGCUCCGUGGCCGGCCCCGGCCCGCCCCAAUCCCAGAGUCAACAGUCCCAGGCGAAGCAGCAAGUUCAGUCGGGUGGGCAGCAAUCGCAACAACAGCAACCGACGCCCGUCGACGCCGGCACCGGAACCUUGACCAAGGAUAACAGAUCACCCCCGCCCCAACGACACGUGCACACGCAUCAUCACACCCAUGUUGGCCUAGGUUAUCCCCUAUUGACCGGACAAUAUCCCGCCCCGUACGGAGCGGCGAUGCUGGCGAGUCAGCAGGCCGCCGCGGUAGCCGCAUCGGUGAUCUCGCCAUUCCCGCCCAAGUGACCCGCGGCCCCCGGUCCCGUACUUGCUGCCGGAACAACCGGACCCACCUCUGCACAAACUCAUCACACGUCUCAUCAUCCGCCGCCGGUUACCGCCGCGACCGCCGCGGGACAUCCGCAUUCCGCCGCCACCGGCAGACAAACUUAGGAUCGUCUCGUCCAAUACCAACUUCAGUCUGCCACCUCUUGUUCGUUCGCGCGACCGGAUACUCGCAUCUGUAUCGGCUUGCCACCACGACAACAGCGAGUUUCGCUUCCAUUAGCAGCAGCAGCGGCAACAGCAACAGCAACAGCAACAGCAACAACAACAACAGCGUAGCGAUGAAACUUGUAUACCAUCGAUCUCCUCCAGACUUGCUAUCCCUAUCGUCAUCGUUAUACGUGCUAUUAUACGUACCAUCUAACCAAGUCUUCGUCGACGACUUCGUUCAAAGCGAACUCCUCCUUGUCUUCUUUCUACGUGACAAGAAGCCGUGCACGCCUUCCGAAUCGCCGUUUCACUUCGUUUCGUACGCAUUACUUUUUUCUACGCUGCGAGGAAAGGACUCGUGUCGAGUCCAUUUCCUCGAAGCGUAUCGAUCAAUAAGUAGAUCGUUUUAUUCGUCGAUCCUUCGUAUUUUUUUAACGUGUACGAUAUUAUUUUUACCUUAUUUUUUUUUUUUUUUUUUUUCCGAAAAUUAUAUCGAAUCGUUCCAUCGGAUAUCACGCACAAUUUAUGCCGAGAAAAUGAAAAUACGGAAAAAGUUGAAGUAAAUUCCUUGUCACGUGUCUUCGUUCUUCCAUUCGAAACGAAAGACGAAAUCUUUUCGUCUUGAUAUGUCUAUCUAUCGUUUUCUCGUUUUCCACGAUCUGUCUCGACGCGAAGAUGACGAUACAACGCAGAUGCAACUGGAAUAAAAGUAUUCGAGCGAGAAACGUAUAACGGAGAGUAGAAAAUUUGAAAAAAAAAAAAAAAAAAAACGUGUUUUACUUGGAAUCGACAACAAUCAGCUAUUACUGUUACGUGGAAGAAACGGCUCGCGAUGGUUGGAUUGGAAGGCGCGGCAAAAUUGGUUGGGUUGGAAAAUUCGGGAAGAGGCGAAAUACGAUGUAAUACGGGGAAAGAAAACGAGGGAAAAGAGAGCAUGUAUGAGGAAUGAAAGAGAGUGGGAGAGAAAAAACAGAGGCGAGGGAAGCAUGCGUGCGAUGAUAUCUCGUUGCGUUAGACUGACUGGGCCGAAAUAGGCCUUAAAAUUAUUACUGAUAUAAUCCUAUAUCGUCGAAAAGACGAGAAAGAAGCAGUUAAUCAAUUGCCCGAUUUUUCUCCGAUGACGUGAGAAAGAGAGAAAGAGAGAGAAUGUACGCCUCGACUCGUGUUCGGGCAACAUUUUUAUUGCACUUACAUUUAGUAACGAGUAGAGAUGCGAAUGAAAGCGAGAAUGAAAGAAAGAAAAUUCCUGCGCGUGCUUAUACGCGACUGUUGCGUCGCAUAUUUUCAGUAACUUGUUGUGUAUAACGCGUAUGUUACGAAUAUUCAAUCGCGAACUUUGUCUAUAACAAUGAAAUUAUAGAUCGUUGUAUUUUAUUGUAAAAAAGAAGAAGAUUGCUAAAUCACAGACUCGACAUUUUUCUAGCGAAAUUACGUGACUCGCGAACGACACGUUUUUUUAGACACGAUUUGAUUACCCUUCCCUACCGAUUAAUAUGUAUUGUGAACGUCGAUUACGAUGUCAAAUAAAUAUAAACAAAAAAAAAAAAUAAAUAUAAACAAAAAAAAAAUGUGUCGGAUAGAGGAGUGUAAGCGUAAAAAAAAAAAGAAAAAAAAAAAAAAACGAAAAAUCACGAUAAUUCUAAAUAACGAUAACGUGACGAUAAGUGAUUGUACAUUGAGUACACUAGAAUGCUAUUUGUUUACUAAGAUUAAUUGUAGUUAGCGUUGCGCGAUUACAACCGAGCGGAAGCGAGCGAGAGAGAAAGAGAGAAUGUGUAAGUGUACGUGUAUUUGUGUGGAUAUGGAUAUAAGUGUAUAUGCGAAGGGAUACAAGAGAGAAAGAGAGAGCGAGAGCGAGAGCGAGAGCGAUGAUCAAGAUGGAUAAGACUAAUUGACGAGGAAGGGAGAAAGUUAUUAGGUAUAUAUACGUAUACACAUACAUAUGCGCCACAGUGAUACAUACGCGCCCAUAGUAUCAUCCUGAUGGCUAAACCUAAAGUUAGUUCAGUGACGAUUAUCAUUGUACCUUUUAUUACGAUUAUUCAUCAAUAAUUAUUGGUUCUAUUAUUUUAUUAUUGUAUCGUCGGUAAAAAAAAAAAAAAAAAAAAGAUAAAAGCGUUGUAUUAUAAUACGAACGAUUGGUAAAAACACGUUGCCAAGAAUCCGAAAAUAGUUUUAUCGUGCCGUACGUAGUGUUGCAAAUGCCAAAUAAAAGAUCAGAGAACAAGGCGUGUUUUUUAAUUCGGACGUAAUAACGGCGAUAUCUAUCUGUUUAAGUAAAAUGAGCGAAAGAGGGGUGGGAGGGGAGAGAGAAAGAGAGGGAGAGAAAGAAUUAAGCAAGAAUGAGUGAGUGGGAGAGGAAGGGAGGAAAAGGGAGAGAACGGCGGAGAAACGCGCGGGCAAUCGUCUCAGUUUUAAUGAGACGUGUUCGAAGGAGAAUCGGGCGGGCUUUAAAGUAAAAAAAAAAAAAAAAAAAAAAUGCUGGUGCUGUGCUGUGAUUUUUAUAAAACGUAAAAAGAAAAAAAUCAGAGGAGCGACACGCGAAUCGUGAUAAGAAGAAAUCGAAGAUCUUGACGAAUUUUUAUGAAAAUAUACAGAUAGCCUAAGUACCUGGACCUGCCCUGCGCUCUCCACAAACUUAAAUUCGAGUAGAAGAUAUUAAACGAGAGAAAUUAAAUGAAAAAGGUGAAUAAAAACAAAAAAAAAAAAAAAAAAAAA